AUGAGGAUCACACCUCUCAAGAUGUUCGCCCGAUGGACGAAUCCGUGGUGGGAGCAGCAGCCUGUCACCCCUCGGAAAUACAACCACCUCCUCAUGCUCCUGGCGCUGUACUUUGAACAGCAGCUGAGCCAGCACCAGUCUUCCACCGUCGAUAGUCAGCAAAUACAAAGUCUGGUGGAAGCAAUCGCCAAACAAGCGGCUAAUCCACCACCACCCAAGGAACAAGCACAGGCAGCACCGCCUUUUCAUUUGGACCGCGGCGGGUUCCAGCCGCGCCUUCCGACUUCGCUGCCGCCCCCAGGGCAGCAGCAGCAGCCGUCGCCGCUACCACGCCGACAGCCCGUCCCGUUGAUGCCUCCCGCGCAGCUUCAUGCGGGAGCGCCCCGGGUGGUCGCUCCGGCGCCUGCGGUCCCUCUUCAGUCGCCACCGCCUUCGGAGCUGAUGGACGUCGACCCCUCAGCCGGGCCGACUUCCCAAGCGGUGGCUGUGCAGCCUGUACUGCAGCCGCUUUCCUUGGGCACCCCCAAGGAGUCUGACACCGCAGCGCCUUGUCCGGCGCCCACUCAGCAGCCGUCGACGCAGCGUCAGGAGACGCUGCCUCUCUUCGUGGGUCCCGACGCCCCGUCGCGUCCAGUACCAGAAGCUGCGCCCGUGGUCACAGGCGUGCACCCUGACCUCGGUUUUCAGUCGGUGUUUCCCGAGGCCCCGCGCAGCCAAUGCUGGGGUGCGGACCGGGGACUGCCACCGACAACAGUCUCCGCCCCGCGUCAAGCGGGGCUGGGCGCGGCUGACACGGCAAUUACAGCGGCGGCGGCGGCGGCGGCGGCGCAGGUGGCCGCGGGCCACGGCGCUCGUUAG